GCCAAGUGUUCUCCGUCCGUUGUCUCGGCAGUCCUCCGUGGAAAACCGAGCUCGAUGGUCAAUACCUGCCAGUGUCAAAAGUGCCAGUUGAAAACCAAAAUGGGUGAUGAAGAGUAUCAAGUUUUUACCCGAAUGGAAGAUAUUACGGAGCAAGACGACAAGCACCUAGCGGGAGCUAAGAAGGAGAUAAGAAACGAAUUAACUGUUAUAAUCCCUGAAAACCCGUUCCCAGAAAUAGAAGUUGACGCUUAUCCGCCUUUAAAAUUCUCGUGGGUCAUACCGAAGAAGCUGGCUGCUAUGGCUUAUCCUAGAAACAAAGAGAACAUAAAGUAUUUGGUCAAUCAAGGUAUAACGCAUCUGGUCACACUGACGGCGGGGAAGAAACCGCCAGUGGAGGAUUUCUCGCGGAUACGGUGGACGGAGAUACCGGUUGAGGAGUUUGAGAUGCCCUCGUUGGAGCAGAUUAAGAAGUUUAUCGACGUUUGCAAAAGGGCUGAUAAGAAUGGCGAGGUGAUGGGCAUCCACUGCCGGCAAGGCCGCAGCCGCUCGGGCGUGAUGCUGGCCGCAUACCUGGUGCACUUCCACCGCUUCCUGCCCGACCAGGCGCUCAACACCAUCCGCAUGAUUCGCCCAGGCUCCUGUGACUUUGCCGAGCAUGAAGAAGCAGUAGGGCAGUACUUCGUGUACCUGACGGAAGACAACCCGCUCAAGUUUGGUGUCUCCGGGGAUGUCAUGGAAGACUUCAUACAAGCCGCCAAAGAUUGCAACAAGAAUAACAUCCAAUAAUAUGAACAGUUUGUGACGCAUCUGAUUUGCUGUUAACAUCUCUGCUAUGGAUUAGCUGAAAACUCCAGACGAUGGGUAACAUUUUUGGGAAGGAACUUCGGAGUUAAGCUUUUGCGUUAUAUUCUAAGAGAAAAUGUGAAAUGAUACACCUAUGACGCUUACACACCACGCCCGAUCUAAAACUAAUUUGUAUUAUAAAUAACGCUUUUGUGUUUGUAAUUUGUAAUUUCUUUUUAAACGCAAGGAUCGGAUUCGCCUUUUUUCAUACAAAAAUACCAGUUUUAAAACGAAUUUCUCUUUGAUUUAUUAUGUUAUUUGUAAAUGACUAUCUAAUAAAACGAAGUUGUAACCUAGAUAAUGAUUCAGUACAAUGUAAAAGGCAUAGAAUAAGUAAUUAAAAAUAUUGCGCUCUAUCCAAGCUCUGAUUGAGCGAGGUGUGUAGGUAUAAUAAAUAAUAAUGCUUUCGAUAUAAUUUUAAAGUAAGUGUAAGCCUGUGAUCUAAGAUAUCGACUGAUUUGAUUGAUUGUUUAUGAUUGUUAUUUGUUGUACCUGAAACUUAACAUUAAAUGGUAAUAGCCGAC